AUGGCAAGGGCACACCCUGGAGAUGCUACUCUGCCAAGCGUCUUGGUCAGCUUCAUCUUCCUGCAACUCCUGACUUCUGGGAACGGAAAAUCAGAUUUCCUCGUCCUUGGACCUCCCGACCCACUUCUGGCCAUAGUUGGUCAAGACAAAGAGUUGCCCUGCAAACUGUCACUUAACAUCAGCGCUGAGGGCAUGGAGCUGAGGUGGUACAGGGACAAGCCCUCGUCAGUUGUGCAUGUGUACAAGAACGGGAAGGAUGUGUAUGACGAGCAGAUGACAGAAUAUAAGGGAAGGACCUCAUUCAACGGCAGCCAUGUGGCCAGGGGAGAGGCCUCUGUGAAGAUCCACAACAUCACAGUGUUUGACAACGGGACUUAUCACUGUGUGUUUAAGGAGUACACAUCCCACAGCCAGGCCACCCUGUGGCUGAAGGUGGCAGGACGGGGCUCGUCCCCCAGGAUCCGUGUGACUGACACCCAGGACAAAGGUAUCCAGGCCGAGUGCAGCUCAGCAGGCUGGUACCCCGAGCCCAAGGUGGAGUGGCUGGACCUUAAAGGACAACCAGUGCCUGCUGAGAGUCACUUCUCAGUUUCAGCCAGCACUGGCCUCGUGGCUGUGUUAUCCAUUGUGACUCCCCAGGAUAUGGCUGUGGGAGGCCUGACUUGCUCCAUCUCCAAUCCCCUCCUCCCCGAGAAGGUGACGGAGACUUACCUGCUUGCCUCCCUAUCCAGAAGGCCUCUGUCCACGGAAAGUGGACCAGCUCUGCCUUUGAUCCUCACGGCACUAGGGCUGGUCUCGGCAGCAAUAGCCUGUGCCUUUGGGAAAUGUCACAAAGAAGAGCAUAAAACAAAUCAGGAAGAAGAGGAGCCAGGAGCCCGUGAUGAGGCCGGGCUCUUCCACGUGAGUCUGUCCCUGGACCCUGAAACUGCCAGUCCCAAACUCAUGGUGUCUGAGGAUCAGAAAAGCGUGAAGCGACUGCUAUUUGACCAGGAUGUGUCCUCCAGUUCCGGGAGAUUUGACCAGGACCCCUGCAUCCUGGCUCAAGAGCGAUUUGAGGCAGGGAGACAUUACUGGGAAGUGGAGGUUGGGGACAGGAGGGCCUGGAUUCUGGGUGUGUGUCUGGAGAGUUUGGUACGGGAAGGAAGGAUCCCCAAGUCACCCCAGCAUGGCCUCUGGGCACUGGAGUUUUACAAGAAGAAACUCCAAGCCCUCUCUUACCCCCGGACUUGCCUGUCUCCUCCGGAGCCCCUCCGGCGGGUGGGCAUCCUCUUAGACUUUGAGGCAGGGGAAAUCUCCUUUUAUAAUUCAACCAAUGGCUCCCUGAUCUAUGUAUUCUCUGGGUUCUCCUUUUCUGGUCCCCUGCAGCCAUUCUUCUGCCUCUGGACCCAUGACCCCAGACCCCUAACCAUCUGCUCAGUGGUCAGAGAGACCAAAGAAGACACAGAAUCUUCUGGAGGUCCCGGCCUCCCUGGGGACUCCUGA